AUGUCGAAAUCGUCGGUGGUAUUUAUUGCAUUGUUGGCAGCCAAAUUGGUGGCAGCGAAAGAUAUUUCAAGGGAAAGGGUUCCAUAUGUAGUGUCUAUCAAAGAGGUAGACAAUCACCUUUGUAGUGGUACAAUAUUACGUGGCAAUUGGGUUUUGACAUCUCCGCAAUUUGUUUAUGAUAAACAACCGAAGGACCUGCUUGUUGUGAUAGGAACAGUUGACAAAACAGAUUCAAACGCUUUAAGUGUUCAUGUAAAGAAAAUAGAAGUUCACCCGAACUAUAAUUAUGAGAAUUUCGCAUAUUCCUUAGCGCUUUUGAAGACUAAAGAAGAUAUAUCGUACAGCAAACUCGUGUUGCCAAUUGAACUUCCCACAGCUCCAACUAAAAUUGCUGAAUAUUUAUUCGCACUGGGAUGGAAGCUUAAAGGGGAUAAAAAACCAUCAAAUAAUUUACAAGUGAAAAAUGUAACAUCUCUAAGUAAUCACGUAUGUGUUAAAGGGAUAUGUAGACAAUUUUCGCCUGAUAAGUCAGUUUUAGCCAUUAAGAAUAACAAAGGAUUUGACACCGAAGAAGAAUAUUUCAGUGACAUCGGAGGACCACUAGUUAACGAGGACAAAAUUGUGGGAGUCAUCCUAAUAAUGUUCGAGCUAUCGGAACGAAAACGUUCGGGAUUAUGUGCAAGAGUUUACGAUGGAUUACAAUGGAUUAAUAAGAUAAUAAAGGACAAUUAUUAAAAUAUACAAAAUUAUGUAUAAUUUUUAUACAUCAAGACAAUUAAACUUACAA